UGACCAUGCAGUGUUAAAUCCAAGUAUCUAUGGAUCUAAUCCUUUGCCAGGUAGUUGUCACAGAUAUCUUUAUCCAAGAGGCUUUCAUUGCAAAGAAGUCGAAAGACUGCUGAAACCAGAAUGGCGCGUUUAGUGGGACUAUUUAAGGGCAAAACGGUGAUUGGUGUUUUUAAGCAAGGCUGGAAUGAAAUUCCUGAAAUCAUUGCCACUACAGCUUUGGCUGUGUUUGGGUUGGGCUUGGGUGUAGUUGGUCUUUAUAAUUAUUAUUCUAAAGAUGGAGACAACAGGAGAUACAAAGUUGAUUAUAUAGUAUACCGCCCAGAUGAUCCACGAGCUGCAAAAGUUAAAAAUGAUGGCAAAGGGCUGUAGUUUUCAUUUCCACAAUUGGAUUCUGAAAUUGUAUAUAGAAUGCUUUAUAAAAUUAAUAUCCUUUGUUAGGGAUUGAAAAUAAAGAUGUUGUUUUCUUUUC